GAGGAUGGGGAAGAUGACAAAUCACAAGAAGGGCUAAAUAAAGCUAGCAAAGGUGGCCUUAUCUAUGGAGACUAUCUGCAGCAUCACUUCCUUUGAAACAUCUCGAAGGGAUUUCACAAUACAAUAAAAACAUACAUAAAACAAUUGCAUAUAUAAAAACAGUGAAAACAAGGUAUAUAUAAAAACAAUGAAAAAAAUAUAGAAACAGUUAAAACACUUGCAUAUAUAUAAACAUUUUCAAAUCCAAUACGGAUACUGUCUGGGGGAAAAAAUCUUCAGCAGAUGAUGAAAAGACAAUAGAGGUGGCAUCUGUCUGAUGUGUAACAGGAGGGAGUUCCAAAAGCUGGACAAAAUAUUGAAUGCUCAGGAGCUUCAGAGUGAUAAGAAGGGAAACAAAAUCCAUGAUGAACAUCUGUUUAUUGUGACCCAUCAAGCUUAUGAACUAUGGUUCAAGCAGAUCCUGUGGGAAUUGGAUUCUGUUCGAGUGAUAUUUCAAAAUGGUCAUGUGAGAGAUGAGAGGAACAUGCUUAAGGUUGUUGCUCGAAUGCACAGAAUUUCAAUGAUCCUUAAAUUACUUGUGGAACAAUUUUCUGUUCUCGAAACUAUGACUGCCUUGGACUUCUUUGACUUCAGAGAUUAUUUGAGUCCAGCUUCAGGAUUUCAGAGUUUACAGUUUCGAUUACUGGAGAAUAAGAUUGGUGUGCCUCAGAGCCUGAGAGUCCCAUACAAUAGAAGACAUUACCGGGAUAACUUCAAGGGAAAAGAGAAUGAAUUACUGCUUAAAUCUGAACAGGAGCCAACUCUCCUCCAGUUAGUGGAAGCUUGGUUGGAAAGAACGCCAGGACUCGAAUCAGAAGGAUUUAAUUUCUGGGGGAAAUUUGAAAUGAAUGUACUUAAGGGACUAGAAGAAGAAUUUGCAAUGGUGCAGGCCAAACAAGACUUGGAGGAAAAAGAAGAUCAACUGGCAGAACUUCAGAAACAAAAAGAAGUGCUUAUUUCAUUGUUUGAUGAAAAACGCCAUGAACAUCUUCUUAGUAAAGGUGAAAGAAGGCUGUCCUAUAAAGCGUUGAAAGGAGCUUUAAUGAUCUACUUCUACAGAGAGGAGCCUCGUUUUCAGGUUCCAUUUCAGCUUCUCACUUCUCUUAUGGAUAUUGAUGUGCUGAUGACUAAAUGGAGAUAUAACCACGUGUGUAUGGUGCACAGAAUGAUUGGCAGCAAGGCUGGGACAGGAGGAUCUUCAGGGUAUCAGUAUUUACGCUCAACUGUGAGUGACAGAUACAAAGUGUUUGUUGAUUUGUUCAAUCUUUCGACAUAUUUGGUGCCACGACAUUGGAUCCCUAGGCUGAACCCAACUGUUCAUAAAUUCCUUUACACAGCAGAAUAUUGUGACAGUUCCUACUUUAGCAGUGAUGAUUCAGAUUAAAAAUCUUGUGAAUAAACUUUGUAAACUGAAAAAGCUUGAUCCUUUCAUGUUAUACUUUAUACAUAUAUUAAGUAACUAUAUACAGUAUGUUUAUAUCUAUUUAUUCACAAUGUACUAUAUAUAGCCUUAGUCCCGUUUACACCUCAGAUCCAUUUAUUUUAACUGUUUAAAACUGUCAUGGUCUUGUCUAAAAUCAUUUUCUCUGAUUUGUUAAGCUGGCCUGUAGUGUGCUAGACUGCUGUUUUAGGCUGCAGUUCUCUCCCUAUUUACUUGGGAUGAAGGGCCAUUGAACUCAGUGGGGCUUACUUGUGAAUAGACAUGUAUAGGAGCUGUGUUCUUAGUUGCAUAACUGUAAAGACAAUGUUUUUAAUUAUAUAAGUGACUUGCCUUGGAGCGUAGAAAUAUUGGAAAUGAAAUAAAAAUUUAAUUCUA